UGAAGUCAUACCAAAGAACAACCUUGGCAGGAGAACAUCAGCUGCGAUUGAUCUGUGCGAGAUCCAACGUCGACAAGUGGUACAGUUCAGUGCACUAUCGAACGCAAGUGCCGUUUCAGUGAACAGAAGUCUUAGUAGUGCAGUGUGCAGCGACCUAUCUCAAACAGCGGAAUCAUGAUUUCGAAGGUACUUCUGGUUGCCUCCCUGGUGGCUGCAUCCGUCGCCUCACCCGUAUACGGACCACUCUCCUACGAACCUGCCCUAUCGUACGGUUAUGCAGCUAAAGCUAUCCAGCCUCUGCACACAGUAGCGGCCGCUCCAGUUCUUCAUGCGCCAGCCGUCGUAGCUGCUGCGCCGAUCCUGAAACACGUCGAAGCGUACGAUCCGAACCCGCACUACAGCUUCAGCUACGGCGUAUCGGACCCGCACACCGGUGACUCGAAGCAUGCGGAAGAAACACUCUCGAACGGUGUCGUCCACGGUAGCUACUCGCUGACCGAGCCGGACGGUACCAUCCGCAAGGUGACGUACACGGCCGACAAGAUCCACGGGUUCAAUGCCGUCGUGGAGAAGAGUGGCCAUGCCAUCCACACGGCACCGGUGCUGAAGAAGGUCGUCGCUGCGGCUCCGCUGGUACAUGCUGCCCUGCCGUACUACCAUCACGAGUUAACGGGGGGAAGCCCUACUGCAGAAGUGUGGCCAUGGUAUGUAAAUUCACGGUGCCCACCGAAAGUUUCAGCCGAGGGCGGUGAAUCGUUGAUCGAAUUCGGAUUUGGUUUUGGUAUAAAAACCAUUCGCCGCCAUCGAUCAGUACGUCAGUCAGUUGCGCUUCACUUCACUAAACAGUGUGAAAUUUCACUACCCAAGUCUACAAUGAGUUUGCUCAAAGUUGCCGUUUUCGCCGCCCUAGCCCUGUGCGCUAGCGCUGAGCCUAAACCAGAUCCGGCGUUGUUGGCCGCUCCUUUGGCGGCUCCGCUUGCCUACUCGGCACCGCUGCUGCAGGCCCCCGUUGUCGCUCGUUCCUUUGCCGCCCCCGUCGCUUACUCGUCUCCGGUUGCCUACACAGCCCCGGUGGUUGCACGUGCCGCUUACACCGCUGCUGCUCCAGUUGCGUACAGUGCGCCAGUGGUAGCACGUGCUGCUCCGAUCGCCGCUGCCGCAUACACUGCGCCGGUGGUUGCUGCUGCCGCUGCUCCGGCCGUUGUUGCUGCUCGUGCUGCACCAGUAGUUGCCGCCGCCCCGGUCGCAGCCGCGCCGGUCGUGGCUGCCCGUGCCGCGCCAGUUCUGGCCGCUGCUCCAGUUCAGGCCGAAUUCGCUGAUGCAUACCCGCAGUACCAGUACGCGUACAACGUCCAGGAUACGUUGACCGGAGAUUCUAAGACCCAGGAAGAAACUCGCGACGGUGAUGUCGUCAAGGGAUCGUACUCGCUGAUCGAACCCGACGGUUCGCGCCGCAUCGUCAACUACUAUGCCGACCCAAUCAACGGAUUCAACGCCGUCGUGCAGAAGGACAUCCCGGUGGCCGUCGCUACGCCCGCCGUUGCCGUCGCUGCCAAGACCGUUGUGGCUCCGGCUGUCGCCGCCAAGGCCGUCGUUGUCUAAGUCGAUCUGCAGCCAUGAAUGGUCAGUUCAUGUCGCCGUGUACAUAGGACCCCGAGCUCGAGUGUAAAUAGUGCCUACGCCUGCCAAUUCCCGAUCUACAGCCGUACAACGGAAGCCGUCACCUGACACAGGGACCGCAAUGCAACGACAGGAUCUGCGUGCAGACUUUGAAGCAUUCAUCCAUUUGUACAUAAUUUCCACUGUCCUCUUUUGUAAAGCACCUUGCCCACACUGACUUACAAUCCUUUGCACCUUCCCAGAACUUUAUCCCUUGCACCUUUCUCCCCUAUCCAUACCAUCCUGUCCAUACUCCGUUCCUGUUCCAAAAUUGUUUUAAGAUGAUGAAAAGAAAUACAAGAAAAUCUGCUUUUAUAAUGAAUUGAAA